AUAAACAAAUCCCAUCUCCCCAAAUUUUCAUAAGGGCUAUAUAUAAGCUAGCUUAUUAGAAGUUGAGUAAAAAUAAGAAAAACCCCUCAUGAUGAAAAUCGACAAAGAGAUUUCUCACCCAAUCCAUCCACUGCACAAGCUAAAGCUUGAAUACACAGAGAUCCCAUUCAAUUGUGAUGGGUGCAAAGAAGCUGGUAUUGGCCUCAAAUACAAAUGCCAGCAAUGCGAGUUUGACUUACAUAAGGCCUGUGCUGUGGCACCCCCAACUAGUAUUAUUCAUCAUCCUUUUUACGAGAAAUGUGAGUUCCAAUUUCACUAUAAUCCCCCUGGUGCAGCCAGGAGAAUAUGUGAUGCAUGUAGGAAAGAUGUUCUGGGGUUUGUGUACCACUGCAAAAGAUGCGGUUUUGAUCUUCAUCCUUGCUGUGCUAACCUCCCACAGGUCCUAAACGAUGGGGAAUACAACAUUUACUUGUGCCUCAAGCUCUCUAGUUCAUGCCAUCGUUGUGGGUGCAAAGGACAUGGUUGGUCUUAUAGGUCCCACUGCAAAACCUAUCACCUACAUGUGUCAUGUGUUAAGGAGUUGCUUGUGGAGAACUGGCAGGCUAUGUAUCUUAAUGUAGACAAGAACAAGGUCAGGGAAAUGCAAACUAGGAUCCCAAGCCUUAAAGGGACACUUAAAAACUAUCAUGGUCAUGGAGCAGGGAGAGGAGGAAAGGUGAGCAAGUGCUGUCAGAUUGCUGGUGGAGCUGUUCGUGUUAUUGUCUCUGCCAUCUUGGGGGAUCCUACAGCUAUAAUAGCUGCAGUGGUUGGGGGUUUCAUAUCCAAGUAGGUAGAACUGAGCAAAACACCAACGAAGAAAUUAAUGCAUAUGAUAUAUAUGUAAUUAUUAAAGUCUCUUCUGUUCUGCAUGUAUAACAUUCACGUGUGAUAUUACGAAGUUUAUAACAUAAGUUUUACACAUCGAUGCAUCACAAAUCACACAAAAAAAAUUCAUUGCUUAUAUUAUUGAAGUAUAGUCAAUCAUAUUCAUUGGAACGGAACGAAAUUAAUAACGUUGUAAUUUAUAACUAUAUUUUUAUGUUGGCUUUAA